UCCCGCCGCCUCGACCCCUUUGAUCCCCUAGCAGUCCCGCGCGCCCAGCACAAGUUCCUCUGGCGAUCCCCGCACAGGUGGCGCCGCCCACCGCCGGGCACCCUCGUUGCACCCUCCUGGCUCUUCCCUCUGCGGGACCAGACAGGCCUCACCAGCGCCAAGAUGAGUGUCACCUCCUGGUUCCUGGUGAGCAGCAGCGGCACCCGCCACCGGCUGCCGCGAGAGCUCAUCUUCGUGGGGCGUGAUGAGUGCGAGCUGAUGCUGCAGUCCCGCAGUGUGGACAAGCAGCAUGCCGUCAUCAACUACGACCAGGACAGGGACGAGCACUGGGUCAAGGACCUGGGCAGCCUCAAUGGGACGUUCGUGAAUGAUGUGCGCAUCCCGGACCAGAAAUACGUCACGCUGAAGCUCAACGAUGUCAUCCGAUUCGGCUACGAUCCCAACAUGUACGUGCUGGAGCGCGUGCAGCACCGCGUCCCCGAGGAGGCGCUCAGGCACGAGAAGUACACCAGCCAGCUGCAGGUGAGCGUCACGACCCCGGCGCCCAGGAGGAGCGAGGCUGUGCCGGCGCAGGUGCCUUACUGCGAGGCCGCGAGCCCCAGGCCCGAGAGGGGGGACCGCAGACCCGGACCAGAGGCGGCGGCCUACCGCACACCCCUGUACGGGCAGCCCUCCUGGUGGGGUGAGGACGAUGGCGGCAGUCCGCCUGAGGACCGGCGCCAGGACGAGCCCGAAGCGGAGCGGCCCAAGGAGCUGGCUCAGCAGGACGGUGACCUCACGGGGACGACGGCCGCCUUCCAGGCCCCCGCGGAGCCGCCGGGCUGCUUGUUCCGGCGAGAGCCCAGCUACUUUGAGAUCCCCACCAAGGAGGCCCCCCCUCCGCGGGCCCCGGAGGUGCCGACGCACGCGUCACGCACCAGAGAGGCAGAGGCAGGCCGGGGCGGGGCAGCCCCCGUGGUGCAGAGCCACGCCUGCUUCACCAUCGAGUUUGACGACUGUAGCCCUGGCAAGGUGAAGAUCAAGGACCACGUCACCAAGUUCUCCCUGCGCCAGCGCCGGCCCCCAGGCAAGGAGCCCACGCCUGGCGAGGUGGUCUCUGUGGAGACCAAGGUGGCCGACUGGCUGGUGCAGAAUGACCCCAGCCUGCUGCACCGGGCCGGCCCCGCCGACGACGGGCACAGCACCAAGAGCGACCUGCCGGUGCACACGCGCACCCUGAAGGGCCACAAGCAUGAGGACGGCACGCAGAGCGACUCCGAGGACCCCGUGGCAGGGGUGGCCGGGGGCCCCGCGGAGGCUGGUGGGGAGCCGGUGCGGCUCCAGAGGCAGAUCAGGCGGGACCCCCAGGAGCUGCUGCACAACCAGCAGGCCUUCGUCAUCGAGUUUUUUGAUGAGGACACGCCCCGCAAGAAGCGCUCCCAGUCCUUCACACACACGCCCGCUGGGGACCCCAGGCCCGACAGGCGCCGUGGCCCUGGGCCGCCCGAGAGGGACCGUCCGGCCGCCCCCGCCCCGGCCUCAGCCCGGGGCCCGGGCAGCAGCGCGGGGCCGCAGCGGGCUGGCUCGCUCAAGCGGGAGAAGACGGAGGAGCGGCUGGGCAGCCCCUCACCCGCCCCCCGGCCUCCUGCCCGCCCCUUCGGCAGCGUGGGGCGCCGCUCCCGCCUGGCCCAGGACUUCAUGGCCCAGUGCCUGCGGGACGGCUCCCCAGCCAGGCGGCCGGGCCCCGAGAAGGCGCCCCCAACGCUGCCCACCUCCCUGCCGCCCCGUGGGGCCAGCCCCGUAGCCCCCGCGCCCCCGCCUCCAGCCGCUGCAGACCCCCAGGUGACAAAGGCGCGCAAGCAGGAGGAGGAUGACAGCCUGAGCGACGCCGGGACCUACACCAUCGAGACGGAGGCGCAGGACCAGGAGGUGGAGGAGGCCCGCAGAAUGAUUGACCAGGUCUUCGGGGUCCUCGAGUCCCCAGAACUCUCCAGAGUGUCCUCGGCCACCUUCCGCCCAGUCAUUGGAGGGGACAGAGACAAGCCCGGUGACGGGGUGGCCCAGCGGGUGGCCCUGCUGCAGGAAUUUGCCCCCCGGCCAGCGGGCGGGACCCCCCAGGUGGAGCUGCAGGGCCUCCCAGUACCGGGCUCCCCUGGGGGUCAGAAGUGGGUGUCCCGCUGGGCCAGCCUGGCUGACAGCUGCUCGGACCCAGGCCUGUCAGAGGACGGCCCUGGGCGCAGAGGCGGGGAGCUGGAGGGGGCCCUGCCUGUGCGCCAGCGGCGACUACUCCCACAGCUGCCCAGCGACAGGGCGGACAGUCCCGCUGGCCCCGAGGCUGCCAGGAGGAGCGGGCCUGGGCCGCCGGAGCUGGGCAGCGAGCAGGCCAGCCUCCUCUUGGGACAGGAGGACCUGGAGCCCGACAGCCUCAGUGACGCCAGCGGGUCGGAUGGCGGGCGGGGCCCCGAGCCGGGCGGGGCCCCGCAGGAGGAAAGACACAGGAGCCCCCAGGAGGGACUGGUGUGGGCGAGGGGCCGGUGCUCACCUAGGGCCCCUGGGGAGCCGGCCCCCGCCUCUUUUUUCAUCGGGGAGCAGAAUGGGGAAGCGGCCUUCCCCAGGAGAGCGGCUCCAGGGCAGGUGGAGGGCCUGGGGCGGGCGGCCCAGCCCAGUCCCCCAGCGCGGGACAGCACGUACGUCUGCACCAGUGGGAGGAUGGUCACCCAGCUGCGGACAGGGCGGUCCCCGGAGCCCGAGGGCCCUGCCCCGGCGGCCCCCAAGGAGGCCCUGGCUUUCGUCCGGCAGGAGAGUUUCACGAAGGAGCCGGCCGGCGGCCCCGCCGUGUCCAGCCAGCUGCCGCACAUCCCCAGCCACCCGCUUCUGCAGGACCUGGCGGCGGCACGGGCCUCGCGCGGGGACCUGCACUCGCAGGACACCCACUUGAUCUUGAAGGAGACGGAGACGGCACUGGCCGCCCUGGAGGCCCGCCUGCUCUCCAAGUCCACGGAGGAGCCGGAAGGCGAGCUGGGCAGCGCCCCUGGGCCCCCGGAGGACUCUCUGUCCGGGGACUCUGACGUGGACACGGCCAGCACCGUCAGUCUGCGCAGUGGCAAGAGCGGACCCAGCCCGCCCGGCGCCCCGCCCACGGGGCUGCAGGAGGCGCAGCUGCCGUCCCGGCCAGCAGCGCAGGACGCGGGAGCCGUCAGCCUGGGCAGCGCCCGCGAGCGCCUCUCGGAGAAGCAGCGUCGCCCACUGGGCCCGGCGGACGCGGGCCAUGGAGAGCCGGCCAGGCGUCUGGCCACGCGGCGCGGCCCCGGGCCCCGGGCGUCCCUGGACUGGCCCGAUGAGGAACAAGGCUCCCGCCUCGCCCACCCGCCCGGUGCGGACACGGUCACUUCUGACCAGGAGAUCCCUGGGACCACGGGGGCAGGGCCGCCAGGGCCUCGCCGGAAACCCGCGGCCCCACCACCGUCCCCUGCCGCCCGGGAGGAGCAGAGCCGCGGCUCGGCCGGCGUCCAGAAGGCGCAGCAGGCACUGGUCCGCUCCAACAGCCUGUCCACCCCGCGGCCCACACGGGCCUCCCGGCUGAGGCGGGCCCGGCUGGGGGACGCCUCAGACACAGAGGCCACGGAUGCAGAACGGGGGCCCGCGGCCAACCCCGAGCGGGCGGGGCGGCCGGCCGCCGAGCAGGCCAAGAAGCCGUCGCGCUUGGACAUCCUGGCGAUGCCCCGGAAGCGGGCCGGCUCCUUCACGGGGCCCAGUGACGCGGAGGCGGCCCCCACCCGCACCGGCUUCUCCGGUCGCAGCGUCGAGGCGUACGGCGCCAGCCGCAAGCCCGCGGUGGCCGAGGCUCGGGCCACCGCCAGGAAGGCCGCCAGCACCCCGGCGGUCCCCCGCCAGCCCUUCAGCAGGGCCCGCCCAGGCAGCGCCCGAUACUCCUCCCACAACGCGCGUCGCCGGCAGCAGGGCUCGGAUUGCACGUCCACAUCCGAGGAGGAGUACGGCUCCCACCACGGCUCCCCCAAACACACACGCUCCCAUGCCUCAACAGCCACGCAGACCCCACGGGCUGGCAGCUCCACCCGGGCCCGACCCCGAGCCCCUGGCCUCCGGGACACAGAUGAUGAGGAAGAAGAGCCUGACCCGUAUGGUUUCAUUGUGCAAACAGCAGAGAUUGCUGAGAUUGCCAGGCUGAGCCAGACGCUGGUGAAGGACGUGGCCACCCUGGCCCGCGAGAUCCAUGACGUGGCCGGGGACGGCGACACGCUGGGUUCCCCGGGGCCCGCCCGCAGCCCCCCCCUCGGCCACGGGCCCAGCACGCCUGCCUCUGCCAUCUCCGCCCGUGAGGAGUUGGUGCAGCGCAUCCCAGAGGCCAGCCUCAACUUUCAGAAGGUGCCACCCGGCUCCCUGAGCUCUCGGGUCCUAGACCAGAACAUGAACGACCGCUGUGAGGACCCCCUGGCCAACAAGACGAGGCCUCGGAACCGUGAGGAGGUGAUCUUCGACAACCUGAUGCUGAACCCCGUGUCCCAGCUGUCCCAGGCCAUCCGUGAGAACACAGAGCACCUCGCCGAGAAGAUGAAGAUCCUCUUUCAGAACACGGGGCGAGUGUGGGAGGACCUGGAGGCCAGGAUCAACGCCGAGAACGAGGUGCCCAUCCUGAAGACGUCCAACAAGGAAAUCAGCUCCAUCCUGAAGGAGCUGAGGCGCGUGCAGAAGCAGCUGGAAGUCAUCAACGCCAUCGUGGACCCCAGUGGGAACCUGGACCUGCUGACCGGAAACCAGGGCUCUGCGGGCUCAGCCCCGCUCGGGAGAGGCCGGCCGGCUGCCCAGAGUCCGUCCUCACCCCCCUCCGCCGUGCCGCCAAGGAGCUUCCCGCAGCGGGCAAACUGUGGGACCUCCGGCCUCCCGGACCCCUCCUUCCUCCCCGACUUCCUCCCCAGCGCAGAGCGGUUCCUGAUCUAGGUGGCGGGGCCAGGCGGCCGCCCUGCCCCUGGGCCUGGGCGCUUCCCCACGAAGACCCCCACACGUGCCCUCACCCCCCGGGUGCCCAGGCUCCCUGCUCAGCUCCCAGCCCCCACCCCGCCCCGCGGGCCUCCUGGCCCGGCUCCCGCUGUGGCCGCUGCCAAGGGCCAGCGUCCGGGCACGCGCCCGGCCUUCUCUCCGUUGCUGUUACGUCGUCGUUCGCGUCCAAGGAAGGAGUAGUUUCUGCCACCGCAGCGGCCUCCCCGGCCUGGCAGGUGCCCCUCUGCCUCGUGGGCUGGGGACGCAUGCUUCGCUGCCCUGUCCCUCGGUGCCGGCCGAGCCCAGGCAGGGGAGAGGGGCUGGGCAGCGCGGCCUCUCAGUGCCAAACACAGAGCUGGGGGCGGUGGGCCUCGUGACGCCCUGGGACCCGAGGCAGGCAGCGUGCGGGCUGGGCAGGGCGCUGGCAGCUCGCGGCCACCCCCGAGUCCAGUGGCCCAGGGCAGGGGCGCCGCCCGUGGAGACACGUGCGGCAGGAACCCCACCGCUUUGAGGCUUUGGUGCCAACACAACUGCCAAACUCCCUGAGCGUGUGGGCUGGGCGGCCUUGCACACGGGCACAGCUCCGCACGCGGGCACAUCGGGGAGGGACGCGGGGCCCUGCACCUGCUUCCCACGGACCCUGCAGGUGGAGGUGAACAGUUGACCAAAGUGGCUGAACACGGGCUUCCAGAAGCUCCCUGGACAGCGUGCCCUCCCCUGACCCCGUCCUCUGGACGAUGCCGUGGGCAUUAGUUGGGUGUCGCACGGGCCUCUUUGCUCCAGGUUCUGUGGGGUGUGGCAGGGAUAGGGAUCGCCCCCCAGGAACAGUUUUCUUUCUCAGGAUUCUUUCAGCUGGGAACAUGCCAGGCCAGGCAAGCAGAGCGCGGCCCCUCCCGGGGGUGGGCUGAUGUUUCUGGAACCUCUAAGCCAAAGAGCCCAUUGGCUGUGGCGGGUGAGGGUAGGGCUGCCCCGCCUGGACCACCCUGGGGUGGGGGUGCCCCACACACCUCCUGGCGCCGGUGUGAGUGGUGAUUGCCGGGCGGGAGCCACUGCUGGGGUUGGGGUCACCGAGGCCGGACAGAGGCCGGCAGGUCCAGGUCUGGGGCCGCGGUGGGCGAUGCAUGUGUCCGUGUUUACGUGUAGCUGAUGUGGAGCCCGGUGCCCGGGCCCUGUGCCCCCCUCCAUGUUUACGUGUGAGUGGCGGUGGGGUCCCCGCGCGGCCCCACCCACGAGCCUGCUGUGUCCACACGGAGGAGGUGCUAGUCCUGGUGCCCCCCCACCCCGCAUGCCCCACACAGCCGCCCGCAGUCUGUCCCCCCGAAACGAGCAGUGGCCCUCCGUCCACCACACCUCCCUCCGCACCCCCGUGGUGACCGCUGCACCGUGUCUUUACUCACAAAGUCGUGCUCCUCCCACUGCAGCCUUCGCCUUGGGAGCGGCAGCUCAUUUGUCUGGCGUCUUGGAGGCACCUCUGUGCGUUUGUCCUCAGGUGGUCCUACGGCUGUCUUUCAGAAAAUGGUUAUUUUAUAUGAUUUGUCAUGGAAUUUGUUCUAAUAAAUCAUUCUUCUAUCACGUGGCAACAUG